UUUUAUAAACUACAGACGCACCAGACCUCCGCUGUCGUAGUGACGAUGUUGGCAGUGUUAAUGCGACUUAUAUUUUGCUAUUAAUCAGUAGCACAUGGAGAAACAGGGUCAGCUUCACUUUAGGAUUUUUAACCGUAACCUAUACUGGCUACAUACACACAUUUUGUGUUCGAGUGAGGAGAGGCACCUUUACCAGGCCUGUUCCUCGCUUAAAUUAUUUAUUUCCGUGUAAACUGCAGUCUUGAUAUCAAAACAUUGAUGGUCGAUAAUUCUCUCUGUUGAGAAAGACGAAAAUCACCAGUAAAUAAUCGUAUCAUUGGAAUAUUCACGGUAAAGAUGGCUCGACCACGGCCGCGGGAGUACAAGGCUGGAGAUUUGGUUUUUGCAAAAAUGAAAGGAUACCCACACUGGCCAGCGAGGAUUGAUGAACUUCCAGAGGGAGCAGUCAAGCCCCCUGCUAAUAAAUAUCCAAUAUUUUUCUUUGGAACUCAUGAAACCGCAUUUUUGGGGCCUAAAGACCUCCUUCCCUACAAGGAGUACAAAGACAAAUUCGGCAAAUCCAACAAGAGAAAAGGGUUCAACGAAGGCUUGUGGGAGAUCGAGAACAACCCUGGGGUCAAGUUCACCGGCUAUCAGGCCACCCAUCAGCAGAGCUCCUCUGAGACAGAGGGAGAAGGGGGAAACGUGGCUGACGGCAGCAGUGAGGGAGAGGAGGGAGACUCCAUAGGGGAGGAGAACGACCAGGGCAAGGAGAAGGGAGACAAGGCUGCUUCCAAACGGAAAAACACGACCUCUUCCAAGAAGUCAUCGAAGCUGUCGAGGAUCUCGUCCGGAGAGGAGGACCUGGAGAAGGACAGCAAGCAGGAUGACCAGAGGAGUGUCUCAGAGGCGGGAGACCCUGAGAACGACAUCAUCCAGAACACCACGGACAGCAAGAACCAGUUGCUCAGAGAGGAACACUAGGCCGUGUGGAUUCAUCGACUUGGGACAGGAAGUGAUUCAUUGUAGCCUUGAUAUUAGAAUGGUGAAACUUACAUUAGCCCCCUCGGUUUCAUGACCGUCAUUCACCUCCACCACUAACAGCACCAUAGGUUUCAUCCUGACCGCACGUCUCGACUCCGGCCUCUGCCCGCUCACUCACCUGCCAUGUCAACCUGGCUCUAUCGGAGCCUCUCUCUGAGGCUUAGGGCCAAUGAGAGUGUCCGCCGAUUAGUGUUGCAGAAACCACCUCAUACAGUAUCUAAACACAGUGUAAGAUAACCAUUAAUCAAUAUUUAUACUGACCCCCUCGCCUACACCACUGAUCCUAAUGAUGACAUGUCACCAGGUGUAAGUUAACAGUGUUGUUUGAUAAGACUGCCAUGAAUAUACAGCGUGUGCUCUUUAGCGAGCUAUGAUAUAUGUUGGUUAUAACAGUGUGCUUAUACCUCUUAUUGUAGCUUGAGAUUGCUUUUCUGGAGAAAAAAAGGUAAAAGGGUUGGGUUUCCAAAUGGAAUUUCUGUUUGUCAAACAUGAUCCACAUCAUUCGCUACAUGUUACUCUUUUAUGUAACCUGAAAAGAAGAAUGGUCCAACGUAGAUAUGUCUAUAAAGUGUUUGUAUCUAAAUAUUAUCUAUAUAGUUU